AAAUUUAAUUGUGUGCCAUGUUUCGAGAAACUACAUCUUUUGCUCUACCAUUUCAGUAGGACUAUUUUCUCUUUCUUUCGCCUCUCGCCCCGCCGUGCCGAUCGAACGCGUGCGCUCUUUUCCCCUCUCUCGUUUCUCACCGCGACGGACUUCCCAAACGCUGUUGCCACCUGUUUCGCGAAAAUUUCGCACGACACGAGGUGCAUAUACGCAUACGACACGGUGCCUACGCACUACAUGUGCACAGCAUUCGCGUGUCGCACAUUUUUGCGGGCGUGAAAUGAACUCGGUGAUGGUUCUCGCGAAAUCGCGUUUACGAGAGCGGUCACAAGGCAUAUUGGAAAGCAUCCAAAUAUCCUACACGGUUUCCUCAAGUGAAAGUCGACGGGCGCACUCGCGCAAGUUUAUUCCAAUUUGAGUCUGGAAGUGCCCGAGUGUUUUCGAGUAUCUCUCACUUCUGUAUACCUGCUUGUACAAGUUUUGGGCGAGCUAUGCAUUUAUCGUGCCGCGACGAUGCCAUAUGCCGUGCCAAUACGAUCGAUUGAAAUUGAAAUAAAAGAGUUCCGAGAAUAAAAAAAAAGGAGAUAAAGCUGUAUACAUUACAUCACAUUUAAUGUGGUACAAGCAUGUAUAUAGGUUUCUUACAUGCCCCUCCCUCUCAUCCGUUUCCCUCCCCUUCCCCUCCCCCCAUUUCGCUCCGCGCUGCACGUUAGAUCGCACGACGUCUCGAUGUAUAAUAGAACACGCGUAGAACAUAUAUAUAUAUAUCGCCGUAUUGGAAAAAUAAAACUCCACCCUCGAGACUUUUUGUCCCUCGUUUCAUUUUCAUUUAAUCUUCUAUCUCGUAUUGUGUUCGACCGAAUUACAUGGCUAAACUGCGACAGGGGGGAGAGAGGGGGGGAACAGGUAUCCUCUAGGAUAUGGGAAGUGUUACGCUCUCGCAUAAUGACGCUUUAUUAACACCAUAACGCGCGCCCACGAGCCAUGCUGCAAGUCAAUUAGUAAUUUAUGCGGGGAGAAAUAAAGGGGACGGUUGAGGGAAUCGGCCUUCUCUCCACGAACGCCGCAGAAAUGGAGCGAGACCGCUUUGUUACCGCCUGUGAGACUUGAAGUGCUUAAAAAGCUAACUGGGUCUCUCUCUCUUUCUCUCUCGUAAUGCCACACGUGACUUUGCGCAAGACGCGCGUCGUUCGAUACGCGCACGAAUGUAGCAAAUUCCCGACGUUAGAUUCCUUUAACGCGAGACAGACAGACAGACAGACGAUAACAAAGGCGGACGAGUUUUAUUCGAUUGUAGUAAAUUAACCGCUUCAUGUCUCGCGUCUCUCGUCGCGGUGAGCAAAAGUCGGAGUGUGCUUUUAAUUUAAUAUCGUCACGCGCGAUACGACGCGAUAAGAAUCGCGUAUUUAACGCCCGAGUGUGAAGUUACAUCGAUUCCCGACGAUUAGCGUGCAACAAAAUUUUCCACAUACGCGUUAUCUACAUUUUUUUUUUCUCAAUGCUUCUUUUCCUUCGGACGCGAAUGCAACAUUGCGAGCGCAACGCGACAAUGGAGAUCGACGAAUUCAAAUGAGAUACAGGCGCAAAGUCCAGCCCGCGCGUGAUAUUAAAAUAAAUGCUUCGGAUAUAUGCAUUGCGAUACUCUGCGGGGAAAUGUCUCGGUGAGAAAUGUCUAUGGAAGAGGGAUGACACAAGUCUACUGGCUCAAUUCUUUUACGCCGACGAGUCUCUGAACGCAGUCGCCUGCGAAUUGGACUCCUUCGACGGUCGACAAGAGCCGGAGAGAUGCACGACGCUGGUGAAUCAGUUGCGACACUGUCAGGAUAAGGUGCUGACAAUCUGCAAUCAAAUAAUGGACGAUUUGAUUCCGGAAAGCCGCGCCAAUCGGGACUUCAGGGUGAAAUUCCCUGAUGACGUGAUGCAGGAGAAUCUGGCCGGGCAGCUCUGGUUCGGUGCGGAAUGUCUGGCUGCCGGUUCCUCGAUCAUGAACCGAGAGGCCGAGAGCUCGGCGAUGAGGCCGUUAGCGAAAGCUCUCACUAAGUCACUGGAGAUCGUCAGGAAUUUGUUGAGAGAACACGCGCUCAAGGGUCACAUGAAUUUGAAGGCGCAAAAUCCUCUCGAGCCGUCUCUGGAGAAGCUCAUCGAGUCGUUGAAGAUCUUCGAUCGACUGUUCGCCGAUUUCGAGCUGUGCUAUGUCGGCGCUAUGGUACCGGUGAAAUCGACAAAAGAGUACGAGCAACAGGAGCUCGUAUGCGUAUUAUUUUCAGAGACCUUGCAGCGAGCGCUUGAACGCGGACUGUUGGACCAAGCGGAUGUAGAUAACUAUGAGCCAGCUUUAAUGUUCACUAUCCCUCGCCUGGCUAUUGUCUCGGGACUUCUGGCACCACCCGGGGGACCGUUGUGCCUCAAUUCGCCUGACACCAUAAGCGAGAUGUUUAGGCCAUUUAGAACUCUCCUUCUCAAGAUAAGAGAACUAUUAUGGACGUUGAAUAACCGCGAGUUAUACAUGUUGGAGAAGUUAUUAUGUUCGAACGAGGAGCCGUCAAGCUCGAUCACGCACUCGACGAAAUCGGCGUGUCCGGACAUACCGGAUUUGGAAGAGUACGUUCAUAAUUUUUAUACCGGUUAUCCGAACUGCAAGGAAUUUAUCGUUGAUUUCUACACUGUGACGAGAAACACGGGCAACAACAUGGACGAGGUAGCGAACGAUGCGGUUCAAUCGUUGGACGAGAGUAGCAGGAGCGAACGGUUAUCGAGCAAGAAGCGCGAGCAGAGCAGAAAUGGUGGACGUAAAAAGAAGAGAAAUGCGGAAACCGAGUGUGAAGAUUUAAACAUAUCCUCGGACGGGUGUGAUAGUAACGUAAUAUGUGACAGCGCCGAAAAGAUGCAGCAGAGUGAUGGGGAAAGUGCUGGUGAACGAAUACAAUACGAACGGGAAUUACCUGACACUCCGCGCUACAUUAGACAGUUUCUUCGUGACUGUGAUUCAAUUUCUAACGACGGGAACGACGACAGUCCCGGCUUGGUGGUACAGAAUGACGUUGCGACGGCAGACGUGGUAGCGGGAACCAGCGCUUCGAAUACCGUCGAAGACAUGCGGAAUGAGGAAAGCUUCGUUACCCCCGACUUGACUAGAAUAUUCGAGGAGUGUUCCGACAACAUUCCACAAACGCAGUAUUUGCUUAAUCAAGUAACUCGCGAAAAUACGAUAGACAGUGAAGCCGCGCACAUAUCCGAGGACACUUUUCCCGAUUCAGACUCCAAGAAACUUAUCUCGGAGGCGAAUAAAACGCUCUCAAAUCUUCUACUGGACUCCAGCGAGUGCCCGAAUGAGAUUUCGGAGCAAACAGACUCUGGUAUAUGUACGGUCAUAUCAUCCGAGAACACCAGCUUGUAUGACAAGAGCCCGGAAGAAAAGAAGACUUUUGCCAAUGAGAUUCAGCAGGAGGGAUGCGGCGUAUCGGACGAGGAAGAUACGCAGGAGAAUACCAGCUAUUCUUGCUCCAAUAUGAACUCGCCAAAGAAGAAGAAUCCUACCAUUUCGGAGAAUUCUUGUGUCUGCGGCACGAAGAGCGCUAGCAGCAAGACGACGCCUACCUUGGAUCAUUCGAUCGAAGUGUCCGGGCUGCACUCGAACGGCGACAGGGAAUCCGCCAAAAACAUUCCACGAAUAUCGUCGAACUUCAACGGCACUAACGAGGAAUUCAUCGGCGUUGCGUACGGUAACGGCCAAUUGACUCUCUGUGAUUCCAAUCAGUCCACCUUUCAGAUAAACUAUUCGGAGAAUUGGGAAAAUCUCAAUUUGAACAUAGACGCGUCGAGCUCCAGGAAGGAGUUCUGGGGUGACUUAAAGUGCGAGAAUUGCCCGUCCACGUCUCGAAGUAUCGAUAAAAUCGAAAAGUACACGCAGGACAAGGCGAGAAGAACGAGGGACGAGAAGCAACGGCGGCGGCAUCAACACAAAGUGGAACGAAACACGCACAAGGCUCACGGUAGAUCGGGAGACAAGAGACACAAUCUGCAGAUUAUGCGAGCGGCCACAAGUACCGAGAGCUCUCGAUCGAAUUCCAUGGACCGAUGCUUGAACGCCCGAUUGACCAGCUUCAGCGCCAGUUUGCACCUCGGCCAGAGUACCAGGCAGAUGCCGAAUUUUGGCAGUCGCAGUCCUCACAUAAGUCCGCGACUUCAUCACUUCGAGUCGCGCGGGCAAUGCUGCUGCAAUGGCACGCAUUGCGUGAAGAACAAACACUCGUCGCCACACAGCAGAAAAUUGCUGGAUCACAGAAGAUCCAAGUCCGAGCAGAUUGCCAGAAUGCGGAAAAGAGAUGUCGAGAAGAGGGAGAGGUACGAACGAGAGAAAUACGCGCGCUUAGAACAUGGUAAGAGAAAAUCCGGAAACGGAAGUAAUCUAAUGAACGACGGAUUGGGCCCGAGGACGGACAAGAGCGGCUUGGUGUCGGAGAUCGCAGUAACGUCGCAGAACGUGGUCUGUCACGAAUAUCAAAGUGCAAAGGACAGUAAUACGCGCAGGUCUGCGCGAGCGAGGAGAUUGGUCAACGCAUCGACAGUAUCCGGCGUGUCGUGUUUAAAUUCCCAUCAAUCUUCGAAAUACAAACCCGAUGUAGCAUCAAGUUCCAGUUGUUCAAGCUUCUGUGACUCGAGUUCGGAAACCAGCGAAUUUCAUAGCGACUGUCAGGACGAUGAAGAGAUUGCAUUAGCGAUGCAAGCCGCCGAGAUCGCAAAUAGAAAUCAAAUCAGAGCCAAAUUUCGAUCCUCGGAAGAUCUCGUUCAUCGCCUCUUCGUUUGCAUAGCAGGCGUGGCGGAUCAGUUGCAAACAAAUUUUGCAUCGGAUUUACGGAACAUUUUGAAGUGUGUUUUUCUCAUGAAUAGCAGUCAGGCAAUAGAAGACACCGAAGAAUCGAAAGAUCAGAACUUAGCUUCCACGGUGAAUGCACCAAUAGACACGGCGGAGACAGGAAGUAUUCACGAGCGACAAGAAUCGUUACCCGAAUAUGAAGAUGUAGAGGAAACUGCUAUGAUACACGACCGAACAUCUCCUGUCACCGAGAGGGGGGAGGAGUGCGUCGAGAGAGCGCCUGCUUGGGUGCCAGACAAUGACGCGCCAAGGUGUAUGGCUUGCCAAGCGGGAUUCACGGUUGUGCGACGUAGACACCAUUGCCGAAAUUGUGGUAAAGUGUUCUGUGGUCGUUGCAGCAGCAACAACGUUCCACUGCCUCAUUUCGGGCACACGAAACCUGUAAGGGUGUGCAACAGGUGUUUCCUGUAUCAAGUGACGCCUUUUACGGUCUCUCAAGUCUCAUCCACCAGAUGAAUAUUUCUGAAGUGGCUUGUGAAAUCUAAUUAUUUUUUAUCGAAUUCCCUACGCUACGAUACACUUCCUUUUCAAUAUACAAAAUACUCGUGCAAAUUUGGCAGCCAUAAUUUUCAUGAUAAAACAAUUAAAUAUUCUUUUAUUCCAUAGUAAAAAAAAAUAAAUCUCAAAUCUCUCGGUAGAGCAUCUAAUUAUGUGAUACAAUCGUCCGGUGUUAAAAAGUUUAGUUUAAUGAAUUAACCGCUAUUCCGUGAGCCGAAACAUGUUAUUCAAUUAGUUAAUUGAAGCAAAUGUUUGAAUUACGCGAGUAUUUACUCUUUUUUUUCUUAUUUCUGAAAUGAUACUAAAAGGUAUAUUGAAUAUAUAUAUCGAAAAAUCUAGUGACAAUUUGAUUUAUCCAAUUCUUCAUGUAUAAUUUGUAAAAAGAGAAACUGUAGAGAGAUACGUUUGUACAAUAACGAAUAGAAGAAUUGGAGGCAAAUCGCCGUCACUAGAUUGCUUUCGUGAAUUAUUUAUACACUUAUGUGCACUUAAUCUAUAAAAUUAGAUAUAUAGGCGCUAAUCGCUCAUAUUUUUACACAUCAUGAUUAAAUAUUUCUUAUAAAGGUGUUAAUCCAAUUUGUAACAGCUGUGGCAAUGUAAUUUGAUUUGGGUGUAUGGUGUAAGAUUUAUCGUAUGCAUAUUCAUUUCAACGUUCAUUUAAGAAAAUUCUUAAAUGUCUUCGUUUAAGCAAUUGUAGAAGAUAAUUUUCAGCCGCUUCUGUAUAUUAUUCUUUUAUUUUCUUUUAUUAUUUUAGUUAUUAUUCCCCAUGGAUUUUGAUUCUAAUACAAAUUCGUUUAAAUUAUUUUAUAAUAAAUUAUAAAGAAAUAUUAAUUUCUUAAGUUAUAUCACUGUGCAGAAGCUUAUUAUAAACUGGUGAUUUAUUUCUGUCAGAGAUGUGUGUGAUAAAACCUUCCCCGUUCUGUAUUCUAAAAUAAAAAUUAAAUAAAACUAAUAGGUCGUUAAGUUAUCGAUAUUUAUAACAACUACAAGUGUAAAUAAUAUUCUUGGUACAUGAUUAUAAACUUAUAUAAUAUAAAUAUUAUUUAGAAUUAUUAAACGAAAGCGUGGAGCACACACAUAUAUUUGAAAAGAUUCGGACUUAAGUAAAACAUUAAUUUCAAAGUUUCAAGUCAGUCGCAGUAAGUGAUGAGUGUUGUUUCGAUGUAAAAAAUUUCUUUCUUUCAAAAUAUCUAGAUUUUCUUGUUACAAUAACCGAAAGAUUGUAUUCAGAACUUAUGUAUUUCCAGUAUAGCUUGAUAAUCGAUAGUUGAUUUUCCAUGGAAAGCAAGCUUCCUCGUGGAAGUUUAAAGACUUACACAUCACACUUUCAAAGAGCGUCAAAUUAUAUAUAUAGUGUACAUACAUCUGUGUAAUGUAUAAUGUAUACAUGUAUGGGAAUACGUAUGCACGUUUAAACGAAAAA